AUGGCCCUCCAUGGCGGCGCGCCGGUGACAACAAGGUCCGCUGGCAAAGGUGACGAGGGUGAUCCUGUUCUCAUAGGAUCAUCGCCGCCGCCGGUUUCAUACAAGGAAGGCCGCAAAGGCCGGAAAGGCCGCAAAGCCCGCAAAAAGGAACGGAAGCUGGCUAGAAAGGCUGCUACAUCAGUACGGAUCGACCCGGCUUCGGGACGUGUUCAAAAACUUUCAGCUCCACGGAUUGCUGCCGCCCCUAAUAACGCCGGCCGGCCCGGCCAACCAGCUGCGGCACCUCCCUAUCAGGUCUCUCAGAACCCCGACAACAACAACCGCUCUAGCAUAUUCAACCCUCGGGCCGCCCCAGAAAAUCCCGAUAUCCCAUUCCACAUUCAACAUUCGCUGUUCAAAACUGUGCAGAAGCUCGCGGAACAUGCCUUAUUCGACUGGGCCCGCCAAUGGGUGAAUACAGUGCUGCUAGAGUUAAGAUGGGAAGUACCCGAGCAAGGAGAAUUGAACACGUGGGUUAAAGCCCUAUCACCUCAUAAAAUUGCCGUCCAACGUGCCCUGUAUGAAAAUAGGGCUCAAAUUGACUGGAAUCAUCUGGAGAUGGCGAUCCGGAGUCUCCACCAACUGCGGCAUGCCGCCGUACACCGGCUACCCGUAAUCCUAUCAGUUACCAAAACAUGGAUUGCAUGCGGAUUAAAACUGUGCAACUGCUUGAUGGACUCAUCUCGGUCUGAAAAGAUGACAGCCAUUCAAAUGGCGUUGGACCCUCUUGAUCUGGUCAGACUGCAGGAAGUCAUUGCGGAGCCGGUCGCCAGAAGACCCUUGCUGCCAGUAGAGGCCGACGCAGAAGUGGAGCGGGAGUUGCCAGCAAAGGAGGGAAAUUUCUUUGACCUGACGGAACUUUCGGAUGAUGAAGAGCCAACGUCUAAAGAGACCAGAUACAUUGAUCUCACGGAGCUUAGCGAUGGGAUCGAAGAUUUGAAUGGCGAGGAUGAGGGUGAGGAGGAAGUCACUUUCUCUUACCAGUAA